UGAAGAAAGUGGAGAGAUUCCUAACGUCUAUGUGGGGGUUGCUUUAAUGAGGCCGGACUACAAACAGACGCAUUAGAGGUGUGAAGAUAUGCGUAAUGAAGAUAACACAUGUUUACUUGUUCAGUCGUGCUGUUUAGAUGGAUUUUUAAUUCUUAAAAACAUCCAGUAAAAGUGAUGGAGUGUUCAGGCGAUGUGCUGCUUCAGCAAGCGGGGUGUGUGUCUCUACACUCGGGUCUGUUAUUGGGAAGUGUGUGUUCAGGACUGCUGCUGGGAAUCAUCGCUGCCGUAUUUAUACACACACUCCUUUUUAAACCCUACUGUCUGCCUGCAAAGUCUAAAGGUGACCCGUGGAGCCUUAUAGAUGUGGAUGAGGGAGACGACAUGGGAAGAAACACAGGGCCUGCUGAAAGAGUGAGCCGCACGGUCAGUCCUGUAAUCAAUGACGUCAGUGCGUUUGCGCUCAAGGCCCGGGUGGUUUAUCCCAUUAACCAGAGAUACAGACCACUGGCAGAUGGAGCCUCAGAUCCCUCACCCCACGACUCCGCCUCCUCGUCGUCUGAUUGGCCGGAUGAGAGCAGCGAUGAGGAUGAGAGUGUUUUAUUUGGUCCUGUCCACAAUACACAUGCGAACCUCACAUUCAGGAGAGCACAACACUAUGCACACACACUAUCCUACCCAGAUGAUGAAAGGAGACUCGGUCUGCUGUAUGUGACGCUGCAGAACCUCCAUCAACAUAUGGCUCAGUUACAGAAAGAACAGUGGGGAAUUUUUCUCCAGAUUGUACAAUCUCUGUUCAGCACAGAUGAUUACCUACACCAGCAGAAGGAAUUAGAGAAGCUGAAAAAGGAAUUGUCUUCUGGACUACUGAGGUCCAAGAUGGGGGCAGAGCCAAUCUGUUCCAUAGAAGAAGUAAAAAUGGCAGGGAGAGAGAAACUGGAACACACAUUACACACGGCUUUGCGUUUUGCUAAACAGUUGGAGCGGCUUUGUCAACGUUUCAAUAGAAGCAAUUCAAGUGAUCUCACACAGGAAGUGACACGGACGCUCGUCAACUGCCUGCUGCUGGUGGAAAAGCAGCUGAAAGUCAUUCGUUCCAAUAUCAUUCAGGCACUAAAGGACAGGCAGCAGUGGUGGGAGGAGUUAUCCGGUUGGCUACGAAUUAGGACUGCUUUAAUGAGGCAGGAGGCGGAGCUUAUAAUUCAGCUCACCAGCCAUGCAGUGGAGGAGCUGACAGCUGAUGGACAGCUGGAGUUUGAUCACAUGGAGAAGCUGAUCAGUGAGCUGCAGAGUCUGAUGAGUAAUGAGCUCCAGCGUUGCACUGAACAGAUCACAGAUCACACUCUGCAACUGGUCAGUGAUCAAUGUAAGAAGAUCGACGUGAGGUUGAGGAAGAUGGUAAAGGCUCAAAACAAAGAGAGUCGCACGAUCCGAUCUCACGAUCGUCAAGACACCCAGCAGGUUGCCAUGGCAAUGGCAGAGCUGAACUUAAAACACUGGAUGCAGAGACACGAAUUUGAACUACAGCAAGACAGAAAAGUGUCUGAUGCUGUGUGUGACCUGUGGAAGAAAUUGUUUUGUAGUUGUUCAGAAAGUGUCAGGAUGUUGUGGCGAGAAUGUGUUGUGAACAUGCUCACUACAAGCUCCGCCCUUUCUGAGGAACACAGCUCCAGACUUUUUAACAACAUGGAACUUAAUUGGACCAAUCAGAUGCAGCAGAAGGAUAGCCACACCCAUCAUCAGCUGCAGAUGCUCAGAGAGCAGCUGGAGCAACGCAAACAGAUUUGGGCAGAACAGGAAGCAUUAGCUACUGCAGCCAUCAAUCAUCUAGGCAACCUGAACAUGAAGGUUACUGUAGCAGUGAUUACCAGGCAGAAGGAACUAAGGGACAGUGUUGCGGUGAUUGAGGGAAAACAACGCCUCCUACUGUCAGACCUCCAGCACCAUUUAACUGCUCAACACUUCUAUAACACAACACUGAGAGAGAUGAUGACUAUACAGUUCUCACACACAGACACCCAGAGCCUCCAGCAGGAACUCCUGUCAGACCUCGAAAGAUCCUCUGAGCUCCUCCGAAGCCAUGCAGAGUUUCUGAUUGGCCACGCCCUCACGUGUAAUGUUCAACUGCGAUCGCUCACUCCAGUACCGUCUGACAAGACAGCAGUAAAUGACAGACAGAAGGAGCAGCUGAUGAAGGCACUAUGUGACAGUGUGUGUGUAUCACGUGACACUCUUUCCACUAUCAUAAUGAAUUACUGCUCUCACCUUCAAACAGUCGUCACGGCAACGCAGCUCCGCCCACCACAACAACAUUCACAUUUGAGAGAGAGAUGGCAGAAGACAGCAGAGUGUGUGAGAUCUCUACACCGGGAACUCAACCACUGGGCUAGAAAACCGCACUCAGCCGAGUUCUACAGAAGAGUCGAGCAGCAGAAGCAGCAUUUUCUCUCAGUUUGUGAGGCGGAGUGUGUGUGUGACAGGGUGGACCUGCAGCACCAAAUACGAACCAUUAGUCAGGAGCUUCAGAAAGAAGAGGAGAGUUUUCUGUUUCGACUGGCAGCUCUAACAAGAUUUCCUGUGACAAACACACAAACACAUGCAGGUACAGAGCAGAGUUUAGAGCCAUUAAAGUACAGAGAGAACCUUCAGUAUUCCACACUGCCCUCUGCAGACUGAUGAACAAUAAGGCCCAACGAGACACUUUGCAGUAAAUUUUUAUUAAAAGUUUUUUAAAAAACAAAACAAAAACACUUGUUACUGUCUCUUAAAUCGCACACACACG